GAGAGCUCCCCCCACGCGCGCCGAACCAACGCUCAACCACCGGCCUCGCGUCGCCUUUGCCGGUGCUCCGUCGCGCCAAUGCCCGCCCGCGCGCAACCACCGCGCCACGCCGCCUUUUAUACGCGCCCCCGGUCGUACCACUGUUGCAUGCACCGCAGCUCCAGCGCGCCGCGGGAGUAGCAGCAGCAGCAGCGGUGGUGGUGGUUGCGUAGCCGACCGUGCACUGCAGGUGCAGCGCCGUCGCCGGCAUGGAGAUCGUCACGGCCAGGGGCGGAUACGAGGGGCAGGAGCAGCAGCAGCACCGGGGGCGGCGGCGGCGCAAGCCCAGCGACGGGCACGUUGUGGCGCAGCUGCUCGACUCGCCGCUCCCCACGCCGCGCCGCUCCUGCUGCGGGUCCGCGGCCGGCACGCCGCGCGGCGCGCGCGCCGCGUCGCCGCAGCGCACGCACGUGCCCUUCUCGUGGGAGAGCUCCCCGGGCGUACCCAAGGCCGGCGGCGCGUCGCUGGAGCGGGGCUGGCUGCCCCCGAGGCCGCCCCCGGGGCGCGGCGGCCAAGGCCGCGCGUACCACGGAGGCAACGCCACCACCGACGCGACGAGCAGCGACGACGACGACGACACCUUCUCCGACGCGGUCGACAGGAUCUCGUCGUCCGACCGACUCGCCGCGCUCUCCGCCCGGCUGAGCUCCAUCGACGGCCGCGCCGCGUCGAGGCGCCUGCCCAGCUUCAUCAUGGACCGCUUCCUCCCGGCCGCCAACGCCAUCGCCAGGACGUCCACGGAGAAGCGCGCCAAGAAAUCCCCGCGCCGCGCCGCGCGCCGCUCCGAGCACGACGACGACGACGAGGACGAGGCGCCGGCCACGGCCAGGCUCGAAACGCACACGUCACGCCGCGAGCGCCGCGUUCCCACUGUCCAGCAGGAGGAGGAGAGCUGGAAUGGCACGCCGCCGCAGGAGAUAGCGUGGCGCCACGAGGAGGCGCGAGGCGACGAGACGCCUCCGAGGUCAUGCGGGUUCACGGUGCUCUUCCCCUGGUGCGUCAAGCCAGUGCUGUGCGGGUUCCCGUGGAGCCCGGCGCGUCCGCGGCACCCCCGCGCCUCCCCUCCUCGCCGGAGCACCACGAUGGGCGACGUCCUGGUGAAGGAGCUCGGGCUACGGAACGGCGACCCGUCGCACUGGUACGAGGAGAAGAGCAGCGGCAGCGGCAAGGAGUGGUCGACUCCCGGCGGCCCCGGGCUGGGCAUGUCGAUCCUUGGCACGAGCAAGAGGUACUGCGCCGACGCCAGGAAGGCCCUGAGCCGGCUGGCCCGAUCGGGCACGGACGGCGGCGGCGGCGGUAGCCCGAGGAUGAGCAGGGAGAGGAGGAGCGGCAAGGCGGCCUCCUCGCCGCUGCACUCGACGUCCGGGCGGAUGCCGCAGCUGCAGCUGCAGGUGAAGCCGCCGUCCGAGUCGUGGCUCUGCCACGCGCGCGGGAGCAACACUGUGAACAGCAAAAGAUGAUCGACACGAGAGCCAAAAACCUGCACAUAGUACAUUUCGUUUCAAGUCUUCACUUUUUUUUUCAAAAUAUUUCAGGUCUCCGCUGAACUGUUGAAACAAGUUGUUUCACAUUUCAAACUUUAUUUACAAAUGUUUGGCACA